AUGCGCCUCCGAAAAGCCGCGCGGGUGAUCCUCAUCGGGGCGCCGGGCGUAGGGAAAGGCACACAGUCGGAGCGCCUUCUCCAGAGGUUUCCGCAGCUCUCGUCCAUCAGCUCCGGAGACCUUCUGCGGCACCAUGUCAAGCAGCGGACCCCCCUCGGUAUCAAGGUCGAGAGCACGAUGAAAGCCGGCGGUCUCGUCCCCGACGACCUGAUGCUCCGCCUUAUCAGCAACGAGCUCACCCGGCGCGGGUGGAUCUACUCGGGACACCCCUCGGGCAACGUCAUGACGCUCGCGUCGUCGUCCGCGUCCUUCCUGCUGGACGGCUUCCCGCGCACGGCCGCGCAGGCGGAGCGCCUCGACGCGAUCGUGCCCAUCAACCUGGCCGUGUCGCUGCGCACGCCGCUCGAGGUGAUCGUGCAGCGCAUCGGCGGCCGGUGGGUGCACGAGCCGUCGGGCCGCGUGUACAACACGACCUUCAACCCGCCGCGCGUGCCGGGCCGCGACGACGUGACGGGCGAGCCGCUCGUGCGCCGCCCCGACGACUCGGAGGAGGUCUACCGCGCCCGCUGGGAACGCUUCCGCGAGACCAGCGAGCCGCUGCUCGAGCACUACGCCCGCAAGGGCGUGCUGUGGGAGGUCCACGGCCUGAGCAGCGACGAGAUCACCCCGAAGCUGUUCCGCGAGUUUGAGCGCCGGUUUGUCGAGUAGCGGUGAAUUGAGGGGGAAAUUUGAGGUUUGUAUGCUCUGCUGUGUGUACAGUUCGUGUACCCUCAACGGUUCAUAAAUGGCGGUUGGCGGGAUGCUGCUUCUGGGACAACGGCGCUGGGCGUUUAUGGGAUGGGCUAGAGUUGAGGACAGGGCCGCUGCCCCUCAUCUAAGUGUUGCUUGGUUUACGCGCGGAAAAGCGUACGGGUUCUGCUUG